UCUUAGCUAAAUCCUCCCCGCGGGUGCCGACUGGGCAAUGGGCGUCGCUGCUGUCACCGCGAUGGCUUAGCACCUAGGCUAGUACCUAGAGCGGGUCUUGGCGGUGGGAGCAGGCGGCGUCUAGCGAAGGCAGGAAUACGUAUCCAUCCUUCUCUUCCUAGUGCUUUGCUCUGCAUAUGAAACUGGGGGAGGGGGGUGUAUGCCUACUUCUGCCAUUGCUAACGAGGUACCUGGCGGUAGGUAUAAAACGCUAGGGGUAGAGGUUCCCUGACAUAAAAACUCAUCAUGGAGGCCAGAAAGGAAGAAGAGCGGGCUGGGAUAUCAGCCCAAACGUCGGUGGGAGAAGUGGCUACUACCACCGGCGGGCACAGCGAGUCUACUUGCUGUGUCGCCAGCGGCCACACCUCCGCUGUGAAGGGAGCGGUUCACAGCGGUUGUAGUGUUACCGCCAAAGCGACGCUACAGCGCAGGGGUGCCACAGUCCACGAAGACUCGGACCUCGAAAGCGGUGAGAGCGUUUGCACGCAAGAAGAGGAGGCCUUGCUACGCUCUCCGGGGGAUGCCAAAGGUGCUUGUUCGGCAUCAAAGAAAAGGCCUAGGGCAAAACCCAGUAAGGAGGGGUUGAAGGCAAAAGCAAUAUACAAGGCGGCGGUCAAAGUCCACGAGAGACUUAGCUGCAAGUCCAACCGGACGAAGGAAGAGGAGGAAAGGUUGGCUUGGGCUAAGGAGAAAAUGGAGGAAGGCCGGGCGUACUACGCGGCAAGGCCACGAUUCACUGCCACGGAUCCGGGAUUCGCAAACCGGAUAGAGGAAGGAAUCGCGGCUAAAAGGCAGCGGUCAGCUGAAAGCGAGACAGCAAGGCCAGCCAAAAAAUCGAGGCGCAGAGACGACGCUGCAAAGUCAAACGUCAGGCUCGAUCUAGAGAGACCGACUACAUCGAGAGCGGCGGCAAUGGCCAGUGAGAUAGCCAGAAGACACCUUAUCGUGGCACUCAUAGACCGGAGCAAUCCGCUGGGACAAAUCUCUCAGGAGCGCUGGGGAGCAGUAGAGCAUAAGCUGCUGGAUGCGCUUGUCGCAAAAAUGGAUGGGGACCCCACCACGACCAUGCCAACUUUCGAUGGUGCGGGGUGGCUAAAUGGGGUGAAAAUAAUAAAAUGCAAGGACGAUCCCUCUCUACUAUGGGUAAAGGAAGCUUUUACGCCGCUUCAAGGCCUGUGGGAGGGCGCCGUCUUGGAGGUUGUGGACCGCAGCUGCAUACCAUCCAUACCGAAAGCGAAGGUGCUCAUACCCCGCACGGGCAUAGGUAGCGUAUACCUUCGCCUGAAGAAGCGAAGCCUGGCCGAUAACAAUGCUAACACGCUGGAGGAGCGAGAGGUCGAGAAGGAUCUGGGAGAGAUCCUGGAGGCCACCUUGAAGCUCCAGGAGACCGAGAAGGGCGAUCCGGAGAUUCUACCCGACCCCGAAAAGAAUCCUGAUCCUUGCAGUGAAGGUUCUUCAAAUAAAUCUGCAUAA